GGCCAAGCCAGAGCCUGCGAGGGCAGAACGGCCUGUGCUGACGACUGUGUGGAACGAAUUUCCUUGCGGAAUUGACCCUGUGGCUUUGCUUUCACGCCAGAGGUUCAUCUUUCUCAGGAGAACAUGGCUGCUGUGAAGAUGAGAUGGAUGUAUAUUUCCCUGGUGGUUCUGGGAGCCCUUUGUUUGUAUUUCAGCAUGCACGAUCUGUCUCUUUUUAAAGGAGAGUUACUUGUUUUCAAGAAGGACAACGGGAAGUUCCUCCAGCUCCCAGACAUUGAUUGCCAGCAGGACCCGCCCUUCCUUGCCCUGCUCGUGACGUCCUCUCCGGAGCAGCAGUUGGCGCGCCUGGUCAUCCGCAACACGUGGGGAAAGGAAAAGCUUGUGAGAGGACGACGGAUAAGAACAUUCUUCCUCCUGGGAACCAGUCCCAGGAAGAACAUCGUGGACAUGGUGGCCCAGGAGAGCAGGAAACACCGCGAUGUCAUCCAGAAGGACUUUGUGGACGUUUAUUUCAAUUUGACUCUGAAGACCAUGAUGGGGAUAGAGUGGAUCCACCACUUCUGUCCCCAGGUGGCGUUUGUGAUGAAAACAGACUCUGACAUGUUUAUCAACGUCUACUAUCUGACUGAACUACUGCUGAAGAAAAACAGGACAACUAGGUUUUUCACUGGCUUCUUGAAAAUGAACGAAUUUCCGAUUCGGCAAAAGAACAGUAAGUGGUUUGUCAGUAAAUAUGAAUAUCCGUGGGACAAAUACCCGCCGUUUUGCUCUGGCACCGCCUACGUGUUUUCCAGUGAUGUCGCGAGUAAGGUGUACAAUGUUUCGGAAAGCGUCCCCUUCCUUAAGCUGGAAGACGUCUUCGUGGGGCUGUGCCUCAAAAAACUGGAAAUCAGCCUGGAGGAACUUCACUCCCAGCAGACCUUCUUCCCAAGCGGGUUGAGCUUUUCUACGUGCCGUUUUAAGAAAAUUGUGGCCUGCCAUUUUGUUGGGCCUCAGAAGAUGAUGAUCUAUUGGCAGGCUCUGGAAAGUUCCCUGGAAGAAGAGUGUCCAGCUGAGUCAGGGGAGCCCAGUGGCACAUCUGGACAUGUUUCAAACAACCCGCAGUGAUGGUUUUUGAAAGGUCUUGGGGUGGCAUCGCUGAAAAUCGUCAGGGAAAGGGAGGGAGGAAGGAGAG